AUGGACCACAUCGACUUUAAUCGUCUCAAGACCGGCGAGGUCAAUCUGGGUACCUCAAUUAUGGCAGUCCAAUUCGACGGCGGAGUCGUUAUUGGCGCUGACAGUCGUACAACGACUGGAAGCUACAUUGCUAACCGUGUUACAGACAAGCUUACGCACGUCCAUGAUCGCAUAUAUUGCUGUCGUUCAGGCUCAGCAGCUGAUACCCAAGCUGUCGCUGACAUUGUACAUUAUUCCCUUCAAAUGUACAGCCAAGCUGCAGGCAAACCACCUUCGGUGCACACCGCGGCUGCGAUAUUCCAAAAGCUUUGCUACGAGAACAAGGACGCGCUGAGUGCUGGUAUUAUUGUGGCAGGAUGGGACGAUAGUGUUGGACCGAGUGUUUACAAUAUUCCCCUUGGUGGUGGAUUGUUCCGUCAACCAUGGGCAAUCGGAGGCUCUGGCUCAACUUAUGUCUAUGGAUACUGUGAUGCUACAUAUAAAGAAGGUUGGGGACGCGACGAAACAGUCAACUUUGUCAAGAAUACCCUUUCACUAGCUAUGUCUCGGGACGGUUCAUCUGGAGGUGUUAUUCGUAUGUGUGUCAUCACAAAAGACAACGUUGAGAGAUUGUUUGUUCCCGGAAACGAACUCCCUAAAUUCUGGGAAGGACAUGAAGUUCUGGGCGCUGCUCCUAAGCUUGGGAAGGUUGUCCCUGAUGUCGUACCUAUGGCCGUAGAAUGA